AUGUGUAAAACAGACGCAUUAUUUUUCUUUUUCAAACGAGUCACUGCCACACUUUCGUCAUUUUGCCUUUAUAUGAUUUGCUACCGUCACAAACUCUGUACCGUCAGAAGGCCUCUUUCUUUUUCUUUUUUUGUUUGUCUUGUUAUGCAUAUAUCCCUCCUCCUCCUCCUUCUCCCCAGGAUUUGCAUCUGUGCUAUAUACUUUCCUCUCUACGCCCUGUUUUUUUUCUUUUUUCCUCAUGAUGUAAACCUAAAGUUGUGUGGCCCCUUGACUGUAGAGGGAAAUUUGGGUCUUCAUAUGUUCAGCGGGCUUCAGCGUGCACUAACGGUUGUAGGAUCGCCGUUAAGGUACUGCAGACGCUUCCACCAUGUAACGGCAGUGCGUUUCUUCGCACGCGUGUCAGGCGACUGGAGCUGCCCGUGUGGUUUCUCAAAUUUUGCGUCACGUUCCGUCUGUUUUCAGUGCCACAGGCAGAAACCUGUUUUUCUCCGUGCUGCUGGUGAGACGUAUGAGACAGACAUUGGUGUUGCACGUUUUGCCAACUACAAACGUGGUGAUUGGGUGUGUACCUGCGGGUCCCACAACUUUGCUAGACGUGAGACUUGCAUGUUGUGUUGCGCGCCGUGUCCCUCAGGUGGCGGAAAGGCUGAAGCGAAAAGGGCCCGACUGCUUCCAGGUGAUUGGAUUUGUCCCAAAUGUACGACACACAACUUCAGAGGGCGCAAGGAAUGCAUGCUUUGUAGUGCAGGGGUUCCAGUAGGGGUGGAGAAUGCUACAAAUCUUAGCAACGAAACUACUAGUGAUUUAAAGGGUAAAGAAAACAGUGAAGAAUCACAGCAACCCCCAUGGACAUGUGUCGCGUGCCACACAGUUAAUGUGAAGGCGGAUAAACUUUGUGAAGUGUGCGGCGCUUCCCGGACCGAGUCAUCGCGGAGCACCUAUUCGUCAGUAACGCGACCGGAUGAUUGGACAUGCACGGGGUGUAGUUUCUUAAAUUUCUCCUCUAGGGUUAAGUGUAAGAACUGCAAAGCACUCCGGUCGUCUGGUGAGGUUGAAACGAGUGAGGCCAUGUGGAUUUGUAACUGUGGGUAUAAAAACUUUAAGGACCGUUCCUCCUGCCGUGAGUGUGGAGCCUCUAAAGAAUCAGAUUCUUAG